AUUACUUUGCUGUUUAUUUUUUUUUUCACUUCGGUUUCACUCAAAAUAUUUUGUUUAUGACAUAAUACUUAUUUCAUAUAGAAAAUGCAAGUGGAUGGGUUAAACCCCGAACAACCAUUGUUUGGUUAAUUUAGCUAAUAACCACGCUCUAGUAGGAUUUGUUUACCUUAAGUCUUUACGCCCAAUGCCUCAGCCAAUCACUUAUCGCGAGUAAAAAGGCGGGACUCAAAUCAACCAAUGGAUGUAACGAACGUCAAGCAUCUUACAGUACAGUAGCACAAGACAAGAGGCACGAAAGUGAAUGAAGAAAUGAGAGCCAUGUCUCCUGAGGAACCCUUCCAGGACUCUUUAGACGAGGAUGUAGAUGGCUUCUCAGAGCCUGGGAGAGGGAGCAGGAUACGCAACAGCGUCUACACUAAAACCCCUGAGAUGGAGAGCAACUAUUAUGGAGACUAUGGUGCAACCGUGGACAAAAGUCCCCUGUUGAAGACAUUGAUGAAUGCCGAAGCAGCGGCCAAUUCUGCAGCCAUACAGCUCAUGUCAUUCAAGGAGACACUGGAGGAUGAUUUUGCCGACUCGAGACACUCUGCUUCUGAUAACCUGCGGAUGUCAAGGCAGAGAGGCCUUCUGCUGGAGAAGUUGGAGGUUUUUAAACGGAUAAACAAGUCUGUUCGACAGCAACUCCAAGACCUGAAGGAUGCAGAGGCAUCUCGAAUGGAGACAGACAAACACAUCGAUCUCUUAAUAAAGAAGCUUACACAGGCUGAGUGUGAUAAUCUGCAUUUGAAAGGAGAUUUGAAUGAUAAAGAAAAAAUGGCUGAAGAACUGAUGGGUUUGCGGAAGAAAGAAAUGGAGAACACAGAGAAUGCGGUCCAUGCCACCAAGUCUGUGGAGACCACACGUGCUCACCUGCAGGGCCAGCUACGCAGCAGGGAGGCCGACAACAACCGUCUCACCGUGCAGCUCCGGGGUUUGGAGACGCAGUUGACGGCACAGAAGCUGGAGAUAGAUGGUCUGAGGGGGGAGAUCUCUGGUGUUUCGGAGAAGGCAGCGCAGGAGAAAGGAGUCCUGAAGAAGGCCACCCGCGCCCAGAAACAGAGGGCCCAGAGGUUCGAAGCUGCUGUGGAUAAAUGCUACACGAAGCUGAGGGAAAAAGAUGUUCAGCUGGCUGAGGUUCAUUCAGAGAGGGACACAUGGAGGAGACAACAGGAGCAGAAGACAGAUGAGAGAAUACAGCUUGAUGCACAGAUAGGACUGCUAAAACGCCAAAUAGCAGACAUUACUGUGAAGCUGCAGAAAGAGAGGGAUGAAUUUGCUGCUGCAAAUGAGGUCUUAUUGCUAAAAGUGGAAAAACUCAACGCUGAAAACAGAAACAUUGGUCUUGAGAACGCAACCCUCAAGGCGUCCAUCGCUGGGCUGGAACUGCAGCUGGUCCAAUCUGAAGCAGCACUGAAAGAGGAGAGCACUAUCUUACAGGAGAGGAAAGAUCAAGCAGAACAGGAUCAGAGUCAGGUAGCAGAGCUUCAAAUGGAGGUGGAUGAUCUGAGAAUAAAGUUGGAGAGUGUUCUCAGGGAAACAGAGAACAUUAGAGAAGGAAGAGAGGCAGAAGUGGAGAAGGUGAGACUGGAACUGGAGGGGUGUGUAAGGGAGCUGGAAGAGUACCCAGAGGUACUGAGUGCCACAGAGCAGAGACUUGCGGAGUGCCAGGACAACCUGAAGUGCUCCGAGAAGACAUGUGCAGACAAGGCAGAGGCCAUUAGACAACUGCAGGUCAAGGUGGAGAGCCAAGGGGAGAAGAUGAGAUCGUCAUUGGACACGAAAGAGUCUAUCCACGAGGCUAACUCACAUCUACAGCAGAAAUUGGAUGCUCUUCAAAAGCAGAUGGAAGAGCUGCAAGGGGAGAACCAGGGGCUGGUCCGUAGGCUGGCAGGUCAGGAGGACACUUUACACUAUAGCAGCAGUUACCUAGAACAGCGCUCAGCAGACUGCCAUGCUCUCAACAGAGAACUGGAGGCCGCUCUGGCUGACGUCAGGCAUCAGGUGUCCAAAGUGAAAGACAAAGCUGUUUCCAGAGAAAGUUCCUUUCAGACUAAAAUCCUGGAACUGGAGGGUGAGAAGAGCAGGAGAGAGAAUGAGCUGAAACAGAUUAAACAAAGCAAUCAGUUGGCUGAGAAGAAGUUUGAGGUGCGUCUGAAGGACCUGCAGCUCAGCCUGAACCAAUCAGAGAGCCACAAGCAGAGCAUUCAGAACUACGUAGACUUCCUCAAGAACUCUUACUCCACCAUGUUUGAUGAAGGACUACCACCGGCAACGUCUAGCUUUGGAUCAUCCUACUUUUUAAAAUGAUAAUUACUCAGAUAUGUGUGUUUGUGGUGUGCUAUGUGUAACUUGUGUUGUUGUGGAAGUCAUAUGAGCCUUACUGACAAUGUAUGAACCUUACUUACGAAUGUUUUUAAUAAUGUACGUGUUUUGGAAAACGUAUGAGUUUGCACGUUGAUUCAUGUUCGAUGAAGAAGUCCAUGUUUGUUUUUAUAUCGAUCAGUAACUACUUUUUUCCAUUAUAAAUAGAAUUUCAAUAAAGUUGAUAAUGGAUAUUGUA